AUGCCUUCUGCCCUGAGGAAAACACUCUCUGCUUGGAGGUGGCAAAGCGGUUGGAUUGACUAUCUGGCGAACAUUCAGAAUACUUUUACCAUCGUCUCCAGCCAAAAUUGCCAUUUGAAGGCGAUAUGUAACAAACAUGCCUCUGGUGUAUUUCGGACAGUCAGGAUACCACCCAACAAGCUUUCCACCAGCAAACUCGGAGAAUCUGUCAUUGGUAUCAAGGAAUUCGCUGAGCUGAGAUCUGCCAUGUGCAAAGAAAACAUGGCACGGUCCGGGAUGUGUAUCUGCCAUGGAAGCUCUAUCAACAGGGUUCGGAAUGGGGCUGCAUAUGGCCCGCAAACACCUGCUCAGAUCAAUCAAUCAAUGACUGUAUCAGGGAGAGUCACCGUUGACCCGGACAUCAUGACAUCCUCCACCAAGCAGACUGCAGAUAAGAUAAAGACAGCUUGGGAUUUGAGAUCAGUCAAAGUCAAUGUUUGCUUCACAUAA